AUGUUCAUCUUGACCAAGAUCGCCGACCUGGUGCAGAUAGCGCCCGACAAGUUCGGCAAGCCGAGCCGGGUCUCGAUCGAGGACAGCAUCAACGCCAAGUACGCGAACCGCGUCAUCCAGCGGAUCGGCCUGUGCGUCUGCAUGUACGACCUGCUGGACGCGUCGGACGGCCUCAUCGGCCACGGCACCGGGGUCGUCAACGUCAACGUCGAGUUCCGUAUGAUCGUGUUCCGGCCCUUCAAGGGCGAGACCCUCUUCGGCCGGAUCAGCAGCUCCUCCAUCCACGGGAUCAGCAUCCGAACCGAGUUCUUCGAGGAGAUCUUCGUGCCCUACAAGGAACUCCCCGAGAACACGCAGUACGACCACAACGAGGCAGCCUGGACGUGGAUCUACGAGGGCGAGGCGAUGUGGUACGACAAGAACGAGAUGGUGCGCUUCCAGGUGGUCGACGAGGCGUGGCAGGACCAGACGCCCGAGAGCACGGAGCAGGAAGCUAUCGAAAAGGCCAAGAAGUUAUCCCCCUAUAGCAUCCAAGGAACCAUGCUCAAGGAAGGCCUGGGUGUAUGUUUGUGGUGGGACGGCUAA